GCGGGCCGCGCCAUGGCGGCGGAUGGCCGCGGGGGGCGGGAGCUGCUCUGCCUCAUCCACCAGCACCUGCUGCGCGGAGGAUACGCUCGGGCGGCCCGCGAACUGCAGGCGCAGACCGGGCAGAAGUUGCUCCCUUCCCUCGCGACCUCUCUUGAGGAUAUCUUCACCCACUGGGAAAAAACUCCCUCAAAUUCCAGGAGAAGAAAAGUGAGUGAUGAGGAGGCAGCCAUCCCAGAAAAAAUCAGAGUUCCUGAUCCUGUGAGCAGCUCUGAGAGCUCAGAGAAGGAAGAGGAUGAGAAAGAGAAGGCGAAAGCUGCGAAUGCAGCCAGCCUCUCCCUGGCCACAAACUCAGGAGUGAAUAUAGAAAGCAGUGAAGAUGAUGACUCCUCAUCAGAAGAAGAGACACCAGCUGGAAAAGGUGCAGCUAUGGUGACACCGGCUGUGGCAGGUGGCAAAGUUGCCAACUCCUUGCCAACUCCUACCAAACCUGCUGCCAGCAGAACUCUGGUCUCCAAUAAGCAGCAGCCCAAUGCACCAGCUGUUUCUGCAGCACCAGCCAAGGCUGGGCAGAAACUGCCUGGUCCUGGGAAGCCUGGACCUCCUGCAACAGCCCUUGGCAAAGUAGGGCAAAGCAAAGCACCAGUAACAACCAAAGCACAGGAAAGCUCCAGCAGCAGCUCUUCAUCAGAGAGUGAGGAGGAAAAAGAGACACAGACUGCAAAGACCCCAGCCCCCAAAGUGGAGUCAAAGCAGGUGGCUGGGGUUUCUGAGAGCAGCAGUGAGGAUUCAAGCGAUGAGACAUCCGAGGAGGAGGAGACUGCAGCUCCAGUGGGCCAGGCAAAACCAGCUGUGAAAACAGCACAGGUUAAUGCAGAACCUGUGAAAAGUAAUGCUGCUGGUGCUGCAAUGUCCCUCAAGAAGAAUGCAGUGAAGCAAACAGCACCAGCACCAAACCAGGCCAAACCCACAUCCGCAACAGUUCCUGGGGCUGCAAAGCCUGGUGACACUUCAGAGAGCAGCAGCUCAUCAGACAGUGAAGAUGAGGAACCUCCAGCAGGAACCCAAACGAAGACACCUCCAAAAUCCUCCCAGGCCAUCUCAUCCCCAGUGAAACCCACACCAGCAGCAUCGCUCUCCAGCAAAGCAGCUCCAGCAAAACCCCUUCCACCGUCCCAAGGGAAGCCAGCCCCAAAACUAGGAGUGCUGAAGCAGGCCAAAACCACGCUGGGGACGACUGCUGCUCCUGCAAAGCCUGCUGAAAGCACAAAGCCAACAGAGAGUUCUGAUUCCUCAAGCAGUGAAGAGGAGGCUCUCCCUAUCAGCCAGAAGAGGUUAACAGAACAGCCUGGACCUGUUCCCAGCCUGAGCCAGGCUGCUAAAACUGGGCCAACAGAAAAAGCAGUGGGAAGCACCUUGAAAAGCCAGGUCUCAGAAAGUGAUAGCAGUGACUCAUCUGACAGUGAAGAGGAGUCCCCUGCAGCACAGACGCAGCCUCUGCAAGCUGCAAAAUCCAAUGCUGUGCCCCAGCCAACAAAUGUGAAGAAAGCAGCAGCACCAGCACCAAACCCUCCACCUGUGGACAGCAGUGAUGAUUCCAGUGAGGAUGUGGAUUCAGAGGAGGAGAUAGUUCCUCCUUCCCAGAGUCUGUUCCAGCAGAAUGUCAAAGCAGCCAAGGUUUCAAGCACAGUGGCUGCCAAGGCUAAUGCCACACAGGCUCCAGGCAAGGGGCUAAAAGCUUCUACUGUUCCCCAGCUCAGCAGAGUGUCUGAGAGCUCCAGCAGUGUCUCCUUGGAGCACGGCACACUGCCUGGAGAGGCCCCCACUCCUUCCCUGAAACAAACCGCUCCAGUGGGAAAAGCUCCUUCAGCCAACAAUGCCAUCCCUCGGGCUGCUUCACUCCUGGGAAGUCCCACCACCACCAAGUCAAGGAAGCCAGGGCUGCAGCCAGCACAGGACACCCAGCUGAGCCAGGCUGUGCCCCCCACCCAGCCAGAGGAGACCUCAGACAGUAGCAGUUCCUCAGGCAGCGAUGAGGAGGUGCCCAAGCAGCCCCUCAAACCUGGCUCGUUGCAGAAACCAGGAGGGACCCAGACAACCCACAGCUCCUCCUCAGAGUCCAGUGAGGAGGAGGAGGAGGCAGCAUCACAGUCCGUCCUCACAGGCUAUCUUGGCCACUCCAGUGCCCCAGCAGCACCUCAGGCACCAAAGAUGGUUCCCCCCCAGCCUGCAGGCAAAGUGGGGCAGGGGAAGGCAGCUGUGGCUGCUGCAAACUGCCUCUCCAAGGCCUCUCUGAGAGCCAACAGCUCCAGCAGCUCCAGCAGUGACUCCGACACAGACAUCCAGGUGGCUGCAAACCACAGAACAGAAAACAACCUCCCUCCAGGGGGGGAGGUCAACAGAGCCUCCAACAAAGAGAAGGUGGCAGGAAAAACGGAGCCAGGUCAUUCCAGCCUCAAACCUUCCAAACCUGCCAAACCUUCCCCAGUCAAGAAAGCCCUGGCCGUGAAAGAGAAUGAUGCUGGGGCAAAAGGGGCCCAAGUGAUCCCAGCACCAGAUGCAGUUCUGUCCAUCCCACAGUCAGAGGAAUCAAGCUCAGGAAGUGAAACUGAGGUCACUGCUGCCAAAGUUCCUGCAGUGCAACCACUGGAAGUGUUGGACGGGAAGAAGAAGAAGAAAAAGGAGAAAAAAGAAAAGAAGGAAAAGAAGAAAUCAUCCUCCACAGCAGACAAGGCUGUGAAAACACCUAAGAGCAAAGACAAAGAGAAUAAAAAGCAGAAAACAUCUCAGAAGCGGAAACUGCCAGGAGAGGAUGGAGCUGCUGGGCAGCCCAAGGAGAAGAAGCAGAAAGGACAAGCUAAUGAAGAAGUACCCAAAAAGAAAAAGAAGAAAGCAACUGGUGACCUGGAGAAGUUGCCAGGCAGCAAAGAAAAGAAAAAAACAGCUAAAAAAAAAAAGAUGGGAAAAGAAAAGAAGAGCAGCAAAAAGGUGUCUUCAGAGGGGGAGCCUGUAGCAGAUGGCUCUGCUGAGGUUCACAAGAAGAAGAAGAAGAAGAAAAAGAAAACAGCUGAGCCUGAAGGACUGUGAGAAGGUACAUGGCCUGUGGCGACUGUUGGUACCUCUGAGCAGCGGUAACCUUGGCCAAAUUCAGUACUCCUGGGCUGGUCUUGAGGAGACAGUGUGCCCUCUGCCUGCUUGCUGAGUCAGCCUGGCCUUAGAUUAGAGGGCCAGGGAGUGGAGCUGUGCAAGGAAAGUCACACAGCAGCGUGCUGGCUUCUCUGGAUGUGUUUGACCUCAACUCUUUAGCUGCUGAGAACUGGAUGUCUCUCAACUGGAUGUCCAGCCUGGACGUUUUUGUCCUCUGUCAUCAGCAGAGAUGAGCGGUCUCUGGCAGUGUCACUCUGUCCCUGCUGACCAUGGGGAGCUUGGAAAAGUAAUAUGGAAUAGCUGAUGAUGUUGUAGCCACCUGGAAGUGGACCAGAUGACUCUGCCCCUGCUCUGCUCAGCUGUAAGGCUGUUCUCCUCCUCCCCACCCCUAACUCUUUUAACUCCUCUCCCCAAAGGUACUGCAUCCCUGUGAUUAAGGAUUUGUGGGUGAAGAUCAAACAGAAGAGAGGAAAAGGAAGCUCAUCAGGAGAAUUCCAACUUUUUUUUUUAAAUAAUAAUUUAUAACUUCUUUUAACUGUGACUUUUAAAGCAGAGCCGUGUAACUUUCUGCCUCCUCCUGCCCUGCUGGGGCCCAGAGAGAUGUUUAUUUCCCCUCAUGGCUCACCGGUUGCACAAGAACUGAACUUCAGGAGUCAGUUUGACCAGAGCCAUCCUGCAGGAACUGCUUUCCUCCUAGUUGACACCCAGCCAUCUGUUUCUCUUUCUCAUCACAGAGCUAUAUUUUUAAGAGAAAGUUUUACCUUUGUUUUUUUCUUUCCCCCUUCUGUGAUUUGUGGUGUCAGUCCUUUUGCUACUAUGGAAGAGAGAGAGCUCUCGGGUUUACUUUUUACUGACAACAGUGGUUAUCAUGGCCCUGGAGUUGCACUGAACAGCUGUGUCCAGCAGCUGUUCUCGGCCAAGACGGUGUAAUUUUUUGGUGGGUUUUUUGUUUUGUUGUUUUUUUUUUUUUUUAUGGAAUACAGAAUAAAAAAAAUUAAGUGAGA